AUGUGUAGCAACCGCUGGCUUAUUGCAUCACUGCUCAUCGUUUCCUUAUUUAUCAUGUCUGAGGCCACGUCUGUUCCUCGUUCGAAAGAAAAAGGAGGAAUUAUAUCAAGUGAGGAGGUAAAAGAACAGCUUGAAGAAGCACUCGCAAGAGAGGACGAAAAGAAGAAAAAGAAAGAGGAGGAUACCUUGCUUCCAAGAAACCGCUACCUGAGACGCCAUCACAUGGGACACGAUCCUUGCCGUUAUGUUCACCAUUGCGAUUGA